AUGAGUGCGGCUGUACGACCAUCAGCAUUUAUCCUGCGCAGAGCACGCCACGCGCCUGUGGCACAACGUAUCGCGCGACGAUGGCAGACAACACCUGGAAAGCCCGCGACCUACGACGAGAUGCUCGAUCUGAUGGAAUUCGAGUAUCCUGAUCCCAACAAGCCUCGUUCCAGGCCUCCUCGUACUCCCAGGGUUCCCUCGCCCGCAGAAAAAGCACAACAAGAUGCACAACAACAGCACGGUCAGCCUGACGCUAGCUCUGACCUCUCCACUGCCUACCAACCCGUUACUGCUUCUGAACCAGCCUCCGAUGGACUCAAUGCGACACUAGAUAUGGCCGGCCGGAAAGCUUCUCGAACACAACCCAGAUACAAAUCCGAGAACAAGAAGCUGUCUGCAUCAUCAAGAAGGAUUGGCGAGGGCGAGUACAAGCCUCGUCGCAUACCUCCCCCAGUCUACAAGCCUUCUCCCGACCACGUCAACGACGACAGAGUGCCAGAGAACCCCACGAUACGCAGCUCACAGCCAUCGUCUGAGCCAUCAGAGCAGGCACAACCACCAGAAACCCACGAUCCUCCUGUCUCUCUUGACUCUGGUGAAUCGACGGAGCAGUCUUUUGUGUCAAAAGGACCACGACAAGUCCCUAGUCAAGAUGAUUCGCCCGCCCAGACACCACGUAGAAUGACUUUCAAAGAACUCAGGCUCAGCACAUUGGAAGCUGCCAGGAUUAUAGCGGGUGGUAGGCUCAAGAGCCCUGGUCGCGUCUUCGACAACAUCUUCCUUCGCGACUCGUGCACUUGCUCCCAGUGCGUUGACACUUCUACACGACAGAAACGCUUCGACUCUGCCGAUAUCCCUUCCAACAUCAGGAUCAGGAACAUCGAGACUAAACCGGACAACGUCGUCAUCACUUGGAAGCACGAUGUCCCCGGCUUUGGACCAGACCAUGAAACUGUUCUGAGCACUCAACAGCUCGGAUCGUCACCAGACUUCCCAGUGACCCAUGAGUAUCAGGGUGGAAAAUGGUCCUGGGACCGUACUCGGCUGGAGAAGAGUAGGCUUGAUUUCGAAUACAAUGAGUACAUGUCGGAUGACAAGGUGCUUUUUGAUCUUUUGCAACAACUACAGACGUUUGGUCUGGUAUUCAUCAAAAAUGUUCCCGAGGCAGAGUCGUCAGUUGUUCAAACAGCCAACCGUAUCGGACCCCUGAAAAACACCUUCUAUGGCGACACAUGGGAUGUGCGCAGUGUGUCGAACGCNAAAAAUGUCGCUUAUACUGAUGUGCACCUUGGUUUCCAUAUGGAUUUGCUUUAUAUGCAGCAACCUCCCAGACUGCAACUCCUUCACUGUUUGCGUGCUUCCGAACAAGGUGGUGUCUCUUUGUUUAGCGAUGCUUACCAUGCUAUGCAACAACUCUACAACAUGGAUCAGGCCGCGUUCGAAGCUCUUGCAGAGACGCCAGUCAACUUCCAUUAUGACAACGAUAACCACCAUUAUUUCCGAAGUCGCCCCACAUUCCAACUUCGCGAGGGCGUAACCAAGUUACCUGGGAAUUGCAACAAAGUGUACAGUUAUAUGGAUGCAGUGAACUGGGCACCCCCGUUUCAAGCACCCUUUCACCACACUGAAGGUGACGUGAAGUUCGCCAAAAGCAUACGAGCAUGGCACGGAGCAGCGCAAACCUUCAGAGAUCUUACAGAGGUGGACUAUAAUGUUUACAGACGGCAGAUGGCACCUGGCGAGUGUGUAAUCUUUGACAACCGCCGUGUCCUGCACGCCAGAACAGCAUUUGCGGGUGGUGAAAGAUGGCUCAGGGGUGCUUACCUGGACGAUGACCCGUAUCUGAGCAAGAUGCGAGUGCUCGCGAGGACCUACGGAGACAAAGCAUUCGCAAAUAGAACUCGGCCGUUACCAGUGCCUAGUACAUAG